AUGAAGUCGCUGGCGACGCGAUCCGCUAAUUCUCAAUCGGACAAGAAAUUUGGGUCAGCUGAAGUAAACUUUACGGGCUCACAGACGCUGUACUGCAUGGUGCAGUGCUCGCCGGAGAUGAGCGCGGAUCUGUGUAUGCGUUGCUUGGAAAGCGCCGUAGGCUCUCUUCCUCAGUGCUGCUCGGGAAAACAAGGCGGAAAGCACCUACCAAUCCAAUCUCGACAUCGUCCUCUUUCCUCUAACGCCACACGGGCCACUGGGUUCUCCAACGCCUCCGCUGGCGAAGUCUCCGGGCUCUUUUUGUGCCGUGGUGAUGUCAACCCCACCGUCUGUCAAGACUGCGUUGCCAACGGAACCAUAGAGAUACUAGGACGCUGCCCCUUAGACAAAGUGGCUAUAAUAUGGUACGACGAGUGCCUGUUACGUUGCUCCAACCAACCCAUCUUCGCCACCGUAAACGUAGUGCCCGCGGUAUCCAUGUCGAGCACGCAGGUUAUCCUAGAGGCAGAGAGUGACCGCUUCAAUGAGUUGUUGUCCAGGACAAUGAAUUCGCUGGCGACCCUGGCGUCGAAUUCUUUGACGGCCAUGAAAUUUGCGACGGAGGAAGAGGCGUUCAACAGUUCACAGACGCUGUACAGCCUCGUGCAGUGCACGCCGGACCUGACUGAAUCCGAUUGCGAAGUAUGUUUCCAAAGCGCCAUAGGAGGUCUGCCUAUGUGCUGUGGUGGAAAACAAGGCGGAAGGGUUCUGCUACCAAGUUGUAAUAUUAGAUAUGAAUUGUACUCAUUUUACAACUUCACAGCUGCUUCGCCUGCAUUUCCUCCUCCUGCUCCAGGAGGAAGCAAAAUGUCGUCCCUGACAAUAAUUGUCACCAUUGUUAUCGCAAUUUCUGUCUCUGUGGUUCUUUUCUUCAUUGCCUAUUGCUUCCUUCGGAGGAGAGCAAGGAAGAAAUGCUACACUUUAUCCGAAGAAAAUGUUGGAGAUGAAAUUACAACCAUAGAGUCCUUGCAAUUUGAUUUGGAUAUAAUUGAAGCUGCCACGGACAAGUUCUCAGAUGAUAACAAGAUUGGUGAAGGAGGAUUUGGCGCGGUUUAUAAGGAAGCAACCGUUGAGGUAAAUGCGUGCAGAGAUCGACAGGAGGCAGCGAGGAAGCUUGGUGCGGCUUGUGGCGUAGCAAAGGAGGCAGUCGGUGUCGGAAAGGUCUCGAUGCCUGGGUUUCUGAUGGCGCAAAACGUAGCAGUUUCUGGCGGCGCAACCAAAGGGCUCUUGGGAAAUUUGAGACCGACCCAUCACCGGCCUUCGGCUCACCCACUCCGGCGUCAGUGUCUCCAGCGACAACUGUUCAUGGAAGUUGUCGAUUACUGA